UAUCCAUGGCAAUUUUCUGGAUGUUUCUUCUUAACUGCACUUAGAAGGGAACUUGUAAACUGAUAAAUAUGAGUAUUCAACCUUUAUAGAAUAGAGCGCUUUGGAAUAGUAAUUAGUUAUUUGGUAAUGAGUAUGGGUUGAAUUGGAAUACUCUGAUACUUGUAAGCUGUACUGUUUUUAUUUGUUUGAUCUCUUUGAUAGGUUUUAGAAAUAAUUGUGUUUGCAUCACCCCACUUGGCCAUUAAAAUGCAAGACUUCAUACCGAAAUGUUGUUACUCUUCAGGCUUAUGUUCAACAGCUGGAAAGUAGUCGUUUAAAGCUGACCCAACUGGAGCAAGAGCUUCAGCGAGCUAGGCAGCAGGGAGUCUUUAUAUCAAGUUCAGGUGAUCAAGCGCAUUCGAUGAGUGGAAAUGGGGCCAUGGCAUUUGAUGCAGAAUAUGCAAGGUGGCUGGAAGAGCAGAAUCGACAAAUUAAUGAGCUAAGAUCAGCUGUAAAUUCUCACGCAGGUGAUACAGAACUCUGCAUGAUUAUCGAUGGUGUAAUGGCACAUUAUGAUGAAAUAUUUAGACUGAAGGCCAAUGCAGCUAAGGCUGAUGUCUUCCAUUUGUUGUCUGGCAUGUGGAAAACACCAGCCGAGAGGUGUUUCCUAUGGCUUGGAGGUUUUCGGUCUUCUGAACUCCUCAAGCUGCUGGUAAAUCAGUUGGAACCUCUGACAGAGCAGCAGUUAGUGGGUAUCACAAACUUGCAGCAAUCUUCCCAACAGGCUGAAGAUGCAUUGUCUCAGGGCAUGGAAGCAUUGCAGCAGUCCCUUUCGGAGACAUUAUCCACUGGAUCACUUGGCUCCUCUGGUUCAUCAGGGAAUGUGGCAAAUUACAUGGGUCAAAUGGCUAUGGCCAUGGGCAAAUUAGGGACACUUGAGGGGUUCAUUAAGCAGGCUGAUAAUCUGCGCCAGCAAACACUGCAACAAAUUCAUCGGAUACUGACAACUCGGCAAUCUGCUCGUGCACUGCUUGCAAUACAUGACUACUUUUCUAGGCUGCGUGCUCUUAGCUCUCUUUGGCUUGCUCGCCCAAGAGACUGAUGCAUGGUAAAUAGCGUGUCAUUAAUUUUCAUGGCUCUGACACUGCUUACAAUUUUACUGUGUUGUAGUUUUCAUAUUACUGAUGUUAGUUUUUCGUAAGUUAUAAUCUAGAAACUGAAUUGGUGACCAGGGUAUGUAUUUUGUUUAUUACCACUAAUGUAACAAUAUUCUCCAUUGUAACUUGGUUUAAGAGAUUACAUUAUUUUAUACAAAAUAGUUGCAAU